AUGGUCUUGGAUGAAUCAAGAAGAGCGAGUAUAGGUGCAUCCGGAGUCGAGAAAGAACUCGCAACACCACCUUCUCCCCUUGAGUCUCAGUUUCCACCACAUUCGAAACAAGUAGAGGUGGAAAAAAUUGAUUUUAAUGUUGAUGUAGAGAUGGACAGCAAACGAACAUUUUGGACAGUAGAAGAAGAGCAACAUCUUACAAAAUCAUAUAUCAAUAUUAGCACUGACUCGGCAAUCGGGAAUUCUCAAAAGGAUAAAGCUUUUUGGAAGUGUAUCGGAGAUUACUACAACGAGACUCGGCCAUAUGGAACUAAGAAGAGGGAUUUCAUGGCGCUAAAGUCACAUUUCUAUGGGUAUUAUUCGUUGGCAAAUGAAUUUGGUUCAAUGCACAAUAAUUUUUGGGAGAAUCGUCAAAGCGGUGAGAGUGACGAGGAUAUACUUGUAAAAACACAUAUGAAGUGGAAGGACAUGCAUAAGAACAAACCUUUUAAAUAUGAACAUGUGUGGAGAAUUUUGAAAGAGCAAGUGAAAUGGGCUCCACAAUCAGAGGGUCAUCGUGUUGGAAAAAAAGCAAGGACAUCUGAAUUAGGGACACACACAUCCUCGUCCAACCCAAAUGCUAGUGCUGAUGUGGACGACUAUGAAGCGCGCAAGCGUCCAAUUGGGAAAAAGAUGACAAAGAAGAAGGGUAAAAUUAAUCAUGUAGUGGUAGAAACAAUGGAACAAAGCAUUGGCAACAUGAGCAACAUGUGGAAGGAAUUCAAAGGUAUUCAACAAGACAAAGUUAGGAAGAUAGAUGAAUUCCAUAACAAUGAGAAAGUUGUAGAAUUUGAAGCAUUUCGACGUGAUUAUGAAAUCCUGAUGAGGGAUACUUCAAGAAUGACAAAGCAACAAGAGGAUAUAUAUAAAAAGGCAUGUGAAAUAUGUUAG